AUGCGGGCAACAAUUCUUCCCCAGCUGCAAGCGGUGAGAAAGCUAGGCCAAGCUGACACCUCCGACUCUCUUGAUGCGCUCUUCGCUCUCCGGGAGGCUGAUGCUGCGCUGACGACUCUCCUGGCUCUUGCAGCGUGUUAUCGUACUAUUCUGGCUGCUGUUGCCCGAAAUGCCAACGACCGUUGCCCACUGCGGAAAUUGAUCGUGUGGAAAUGGUCCUCUCACAACCGUCUAUACUGCCCCUCGGACGCGAUCGCGCGCUCGGACUUUGGGCGCAAGUCCCUGAGAUGCAAAUGCUAA